GAAAUUCUUAGAUCCAUGAAAGCUGGCAGCGUAAAGCUCUAUGAUGCCAACCCUGAAAUCCUGAGACUCUUGGCAAGAACCAAUAUCCAUGUCUCCAUUAUGGUUAGAAAUGAUGAGAUCAUCAACAUUGCUGCCAAUCAGACCACAGCAAACAAAUGGGUUGAAGACAAUGUCCUCCGCUACUACCCUGACACCAUAAUCCGAACCAUUCUCGUUGGCAAUGAAGUUCUCAGCUAUUCUUCAGAUGCAGGAAAACAGAUUUGGAAUCAUCUUGUGCCUGCAAUGCGCAGAAUUAAGAUCUCUCUCAGAGCUCAGGAUAUUCGUAACAUCAAAGUAGGUACUCCACUGGCCAUGGACGUUCUGCAAACAUCAUUUCCGCCAUCAAAUGGGACUUUCCGGUCUGAUAUCUCAACGUCAGUGAUGGUGCCACUGCUAAACUUCUUAAAUAGUACCAAGUCAUUUUUCUUCAUUGAUGCCUACCCUUAUUUCCCGUGGUCUGCAAAUCCCAUCAACAUAAGCCUCAAUUUUGCACUGUUUCAAUCAAAUAUCAAAUACACAGACCCUGGUACCGGCUUAGUAUACACCAACCUCCUAGACCAAAUGCUUGACUCACUUGUUUUUGCCAUGACCAAACUUGGAUAUCCCGAUGUCCGGCUCUCAAUAGCUGAAACCGGCUGGCCCAAUGCAGGCGAUAUUGAUGAAGCUGGAGCUAACAUUAAAAAUGCAGCUACUUACAAUCGGAAACUUGUUAGAAAGAUGACUGCUAGUAACCCAACCGGCACCCCAGCUAGACCAGGUGCACUCAUACCAACAUUUAUCUUUGCAUUGUACGAUGAGAACCGAAAGACCGGCCCUGGGACAGAGCGGCACUGGGGCUUGUUGCAUCCGAAUGGGACAUCAAUAUAUCAAAUUGAUUUGACAGGGAAGAGAGCAUCAUCAGACUAUGAAACCCUACCUCCAGCACAAAAUAACGUGCCUUAUAAAGGCAGACUAUGGUGCAUAGCAGCACCAGAGGUCAAUCUGACAGAGUUGGAAAGCGCAUUAACUUUUGCAUGCAAUCAAGGAAAUGGGACCUGUGACUCCUUGACCCCAGGGAAGGAAUGUUAUGAGCCACUGUCUGUAACUUGGCAUGCCAGUUACGCAUUUAGCUCGUACUGGGCUAAGUUCAGGAGCCAGGGUGCCAAUUGCUACUUCAACGGACUUGCUCAGCAGACCACCAGCAAUCCAAGUCGAGGAUCGUGCCAGUUCCCCAGUGUGACUAUUUGA